CAACAAGUACCUGAGGGGUACAAGCAAAGAAACCUUUGUAGGAUCUGCGAUUUUUAAAGGUUGUCUUGAGCAACACGUUAUUUCAGGAUCGGAAGGAAUUUGUCUUAAUAUUCCUAAAUCUUCAAAAACUUCACCACUUGGGAAGCAUUCAAGUAUAUGCCUAUACAUUUAUUAUUUUUACCUUAACAACUAAAGAUGGAGUUGUCGGAUAUUCCUUUCCCCAUCCCGUCAGCUGAUGAUUUCUACGACGACCCUUGUUUCAACACCAACGACAUGCACUUCUUUGAAGACCUGGACCCGAGGCUCGUCCACGUGAGCCUGCUGAAGCCCGACGAGCAUCACCUCGAGGACGAGCACGUUAGGGCGCCCAGCGGGCAUCACCAGGCCGGCAGGUGCCUGCUGUGGGCAUGCAAAGCCUGCAAGAGAAAAACCACCAACGCGGACCGCCGCAAAGCCGCCACCAUGAGGGAGAGGAGAAGACUGAGCAAAGUCAACGACGCCUUCGAGACCCUCAAGAGAUGCACGUCCACCAACCCCAACCAGAGGCUGCCCAAAGUAGAGAUCCUGAGAAAUGCCAUCAGUUACAUCGAGUCUCUGCAGGCGCUGCUCAGAGGUCAAGAGGAAAACUACUACCCCGUCCUGGAACAUUACAGCGGAGACUCCGACGCCUCCAGCCCGAGAUCCAACUGCUCGGAUGGCAUGAUGGAUUUCAUGGGUCCUACAUGUCAGUCGAGAAGACGCAGCAGAUAUGACAGCUCAUACUUCAGCGAUGCUUCAAACGCUGACGCACGGAAUACUAAAAGCUCGGUGGUGUCGAGUUUGGAUUGUCUGUCCAGCAUCGUGGAGCGCAUCUCCACAGAGACCCCCGCGUGCCCCGUGCUGUCGGUACCGGAGGGGCACGAGGGGAGCCCGUGUUCUCCGCAGGAGGGGUCUGUCCUGAGUGAGACCGGGGCCCCCGCACCGUCCCCGACCAACUGCCCUCAACAGCAGGCUCAGGACCCCAUCUAUCAAGUGCUUUAAAGACCCGCAACACAGCAAAACGAAUUGAAAAAGACUAUUGGGAAACAUUCAGCAGAAGAAGAAAAAACCCGGCAAAUCCGAUCUUAACGACAAAAGAAAGACUAUUUCGAUCCACUGCUGGAAACUAUAGGAACGAAUGUUCUUUCUUUCUUUCUUUCUUUUUUUUCUUUUUUCUUUUCUUUCUUUCUUUCUUUCUUUCUUUCUUUCUUUCUUUCUUUCUUUCUUUCUUUCUUUCAUUCAUUCAUGCUGUGGGAAAUGAAUUCCAUUCUGAAAAUGGCUCAGCAGAUCAGCAGAAGUGAGUUUCUUAACUACGCUUAUUUAUAUUAUUGCAUCCACGUGAAAAUGUGACCAUAUUUUUCCCCCCUUUGUGAAUAUAUUUUCUGUCACCGUCAGCUUUUAUUGCCUAAUUAUUUACGAGAGAGUCGUAAUCCAGAUAGGAAAAGUAGGACCACUUUUGUACAUGUGUAAAUAAGAUGUGUUUUGUUAAAGCGAUGGAAACGAACAAACAUAUUAUUGUAUUUAAUGAUGCCUGUUUGAAACACUUGCUUGUUGUGUCUUGUGUUAAACUUUAUAUUUAUACUUCUUAAACGAGUGAAUGUCGGAUUAAUAAAAAAAGAUAUGACUAUUUA